GCGGGCGCAGAACGCGGAGGGCUCCGCACGGCUCGGGACGGUUCCGCACGCCGGGUCCAGGCGCCCCAUGAGCCGCCGCCGUCCCGGGGGGGCCGGUGGCUGCGCUCGCUGCCCGCCGCAGAGCCGCCGCGCCGCCGGUGCCGGGAUGUGACUUGCGGCGGGUGGCGGACAGAGCUGCCCCGCCGCCCUCGGCCGCAGCGGCCAAGGGACAGAAAAAUGAAAACCUACCCAGCCAUUGGUUUCUGCCUCCUCUUCGUGAUCAGCUAUGGCUCCUCUGAAAACUCAAGUACAUCCAGAGGAUGUGGACUGGAUCUUCUCCCUCAGUACGUUUACCUGUGUGACCUGGAUGCCAUCUGGGGAAUCGUUGUGGAGGCUGUUGCAGGGGCAGGUGUGCUGACAACGUUGCUGCUGAUGCUGAUUUUGCUGGUCAGGCUGCCCUUCAUCAAGGACAAGGAGAAGAAAAGCCCCCUGGGAAUGCACUUCCUCUUUCUCUUGGGGACUCUGGGACUGUUUGGGCUGACGUUUGCUUUCAUCAUCCAGGAAGAUGAGACGGUGUGCUCUGCCCGAAGGUUCCUCUGGGGAGUUAUCUUUGCUUUGUGCUUCUCCUGCUUGCUAGCUCAAGCCUGGAGACUUCGCAGACUGGUUCGACAUGGGAAGAGUCCCUCUGGCUGGCAUCUAGCUGGGGUGGCCAUCUGCCUGAUGCUCGUUCAGGUCAUUAUUGCAACCGAGUGGUUAAUACUGACCAUUGUCAGAGAUAACAAGCGGGCCUGCAGCUACGAACCCAUGGAUUUUGCUAUGGCUUUGAUUUACGUUAUGUUCCUGAUGGUCUUUACCAUGGGAUUUUCUCUUUUCACUCUCUGUGGGAAGUUUAAGAAAUGGAAGAAAAACGGAGUAUGCCUCAUUAUAACACUUUUUUUUUCCAUUCUGAUUUGGGUAGCCUGGAUGACUAUGUACCUCUUUGGUAAUGCUGAGCUAAAGAGAAGAGACAAAUGGAGUGAUCCCACUCUGGCUAUCGCACUGGUGUCCAGUGGUUGGGUGUUUAUUAUUUUCCAUGCCAUCCCGGAGGUCCACUGUACCAUCCUUCCCUCACAGCAGGAAAACACUCCCAAUUAUUUUGAUACGUCGCAGCCGAGGAUGCGUGAAACUGCUUUUGAGGAAGAUAUACAGCUUCCCAGGAGCUACAUGGAAAAUAAAGGGUUUUCCAUGGAUGAGCAUAAUGCAGCACUAAGAACAGCAGGAUUUCGAAAUGGGAGUCUGGGAAGCCGACCUAGUGCUCCUUUUAGAAGCAAUGUUUAUCAGCCAACUGAGAUGGCAGUUGUGCUAAAUGGUGGGACUAUACCAACCGCUCCGCCAAGUUACACUGGACGACACCUCUGGUGAAAGGCUGUAGGCUGUAGAGAAUAAGAAUCCUUGUUGCAGAUGUUGUUCCCUGGGAGUGUGUCUUUGAGGGAGGAAUCCAUAACAGUACCAGAACAAAGCAAGAAAACAUCCGGGAGCUUUCAAAAUCCUACAUAGGAUUUUGUCAAAAUGUGAACAUCAUUGGACUGAUAAUUGCAAAAAACAAAAUAAAACUGAAGCUAAAUCUAAUCUGAAAUAGAAGUAGGCACACCUUAAAUUGGAAGAGGGGGAUAUUGUAUCCUGAAGUGUAAGAUAUUCUCUUGUCUGUAACUAGUGUCUGAAGCAAGCCUGGUUUUGUUGGUUGCCAGUUGCUCACAAAAUAUCCUCCUCUUACCUAAACCGAAUCCGUGUUGCCACAAGAGAUUGCCACUACAGGAUGAAAACAUGCAGGAUUUCUUUCCAUUUUGCUCCUUUUCCCUUCAUUUCAAACAUCAUGAAGAGUACCUUGUUGGCUUCGUUAUCUCCCUGUACUGUGCAGUCAGGUGGUUACGUGCAGUCAAACCUUGUCACUCUGUGGCAGGCAGAUCACCACACACUGCAGGCUGAGAGUCUUUAAAAAGCUGGUGUAGGAAAUGCAGUUCUGAAGGGAUGAAAGGGCUCCUUGUGUUACAUGUGAGUUAUGGAGCUUUUUAGAGGCAGAGAGGAAAAGCACAGGUCUGGCACAGAGGCAGCUCUCCUCAGCCUGGUGGGAUCCAUUCCCUGUUCUUCAAGCCACAGCCCCGGGUGGAAGCAAAGAGCCACACGCUGUCACCUCUCCAACAGGAGAAGGCACAAAGUCAAAGUGUGGGAUUUACUUUUGGAAAGACUUAGCUGGGGAGAGAACGUGACUCGAGUUUGCCAGGAGUUCAUUUGUUGUGAUGGUGGAUGGGAGGUGACCAAGGCAGCAUCCUGCUGGGCCAGGAUUGUCAAGGGGGGUGGCAGUGGCAGCUGGGAAGCUCUGACCACCCCUUGGGAGAAAGGUGGCAGCACACAGGGUCAAGACCUCCCUUUUAGUCCCUGUUCAUAAAAGUAGUGCCCUUGACUGCAGUUGUUUGUGCAUUUAAAUGUGGUUGUGCAUUUUAGUGCCUAGCUAGUAGAAUCUCCAUGCUGGAGGUGGUUUGUUGGUGGGUUUGGUUUGUUGUUUUUUGUUUUUUUUUUUAAGGUGGUUUCUUUCCUACCCCUCCCCCUCCUCUCCACUCUUUUGAGUUGAUAUAAGGCAGAUUUUCUCAAAGCUUUUUAUCUUUGUUUUCUCCAGGUAAUUUAAAAGGCUCUCAUUGCCCAUUGUUUGUGCCAUGGUUUCUCAUUAUGUUGAAGCAAUCAUUCCUUUAUUUAACAUUUAAUACAUAUCGGACAUUGAAAGCAUCAUUGUAUCCUCACUGUUUGGCCAAUCUUAAUCUUAGCUUUCCUCAGUACUAAAAGCUAACUGUUUCUACUUGAGGGCAUAGGAAAUAUGUAACAAUUAAACUUUGCAUAUGCUGUAAUAAAAAAUAGAUAUUUUCAAACUAAAAAAAAUAUAAUGUACAAAUAACUGAAUAGCUUAAGUAGCUUCACAGAAAGAAGUUACUUGCUGUAUACUGCAAAAGAAAGACAAGCUUUUUAUUUUUCAAGAGUCUUCCUGAUUCUUCAUGUACCUCCAUUUCUACUGAAUUAGGAACCUAGGUCCUGCAGACCUGUACUCCCACGAGUAGUUCCAUCGACACCAGUAGGCCUACAUACAGGUACAGAGGCUGCAAGACCAGUCCCUAAGUGUUGCACACAGAAAUAUAUGUGUAUAUAUCUAUAUAUAUGGAAAAAAAAUAUAUAUGGCCAUUCUUGCCAUGAUCAUCUUAUAGGGUAUUAUUUCAAAGCCCUUCUCUUCCAGAAGCAAUGUUUUUCUUUCAUGCAUGAGUAAAGGAGUAUGUUAGCUCCCCCCUGCCCUUCCCUCCUGGAGGCAAAGGAAGCAUGUGCUUGCUUAGGGAUUGCUUAGUUUAUUUUGUAAGUAACUCAAUGGCCUUAGUAACCAAGUAGGGUAGGGGUGGAUAUUGCAUGCUAUCCAGUGACUUACUUUAAGCAAACCUUUGAUCAAAUAGGAUUGUAUUUAAGAUUAUGAUACUUACCUGGAAGAUGCAUCAUUUGGAACCAUAAAAGACCUCACCAUCACUUGCCUGCAGAAUUUUGCUUUUAAAGACAUCCUCCUAAAAUGCUAUUAUAAA